GAUGGAUGGGCAGAUCGAGAUGAGGUGGUGGAAGGGUACGAACAGGAAGCAGAAGGUGGGAUCACCAUGAAGCUGCAGUCAGAGGAAGUGAAGUCAUUUGAUGACUACUUCCUGAAGCUGCGUUUGGACACCAACACACGGAACCCAUGGUUCCCAGAGUUCUGGCAGUACCGCUUCCAGUGCCGGCUGGCCGGACAUCCACAGGAGAUUAAGAAAUACAAGAAAGUCUGCUCCGGUGAGAACCACUAAGAAACGACAUUAGGCUACUCAGAGUCAUGAGGACUGAGCAGGGGUUAGGUUGGGAGGAGGAAGGAAAUGCAUAUUUUAAUCAACAAAAGCAAUGGGACGAAAAAAUAUAUAGAAUCGUCAGAUAAAGGUCAUACAGUAUUUUCUAUUGCAAUGUCAAUGCAUGAUGAGUUAGGCUGAGGACAAAUGAAUAGUUCGUGUUAAUGUUUUGAACAUAGGUUAGCAAUUGUAUGAUAAUGUAUUGUCUCCCUUUUUUCCUCUCCAAAUACUCUCUCUGCUUACGAACAAAAGGUGAUCUAGGUAAAUUGAGUUGUUGCCCCACCAAAAUCACUAACAGAUUUAUUAUGGAUAUUAUUCACAACAAAUCACAAUGAUUGACAUAGUGAUUACAGUUAACACAUGAAAUUAUGCUUGAUAAGUAUGCGUUCAAACAUUUUGUUAGAAAAGCAAUUUUAAGUAUUGAUGCUAUUGUGAGUGUAUUCACCUCAACAUGAAGGUAUUACACAUGUACUACUGUGUAAUACCCGACUCUCUUAAGACUUAAGUAAACCAAGCAUGAUCUAAGCAUUCAAAACAUGACAAAAUUGCAGAGCAGUGUACUGUAGCUAUAGUUUGCUGUAUGUCUUAUGUUAUUUUCUCUUCCUAAAGAUCUCCAAGGUGGUAAGUGUAUAUUUCAAGAUUAAAGAGAUGAUGACUUUACCUGCACCUGCACUGUACUGUAUAAGCACUUCACUUUGGCAAGACUUGUAGAGUUUGACUGGUGCUAGCGCUGAGAAUUAUGUUGGCCUGUACUACCUCUAGACCAGUGAAAUAAAUAGAAAGCUCCAAAUUGGCUGCUGUGUUCAGAGAAAGCCUGGGGUAGGGUCAAAUCAGUCAAACUCUAAUGCAUAAACUCUUGGGUUGUUUUUUUAAAAGGUACUGCAAUGUGGAGAGAGAACAAGGAAGAAUGAGUCACUGAAACACACUGUUCACAACCCCUUUCGUUAGAACACCACUGUAUGAGAGAGAUGUGUUCUAUAUAGAUUAUCCCCUCUGCUGCCUCUCUGCAUGAUCACCACAGGCAAACGACGGCCAUUUUCUAAAUGUAUUGAGAAACAAUGGGAAAAGAUGGAGAGAAAAGUGAUGAGAUUUAAGCAGUUAUAAGAAGAAAACAAAUAUGGAGUGGCACCUCACCUCAUAGAAGGGUGAAUGAAUAUCUCUUUUAAAAAAUGUCACUAUUAGUGCUAUGGUUGCCCUGUGCCUGACAAUGCUUUCAGCUGGCUGACCAAAAAUGCUCGUUACUCACUAUGGUGUCCACAGACUUUAUUGUUGCUCCCUCAAGAUUUCUCCAUGUUCUGUAUCCUUUGGGGAAAACAUGAAUAAGCCUCUGGACACCUUAUUAUGAUCUACUGUAUAGUGUGUGCCAAUUAUAUUGUGCUGCAAAAGAGAGAGAUGUUUUGUUGUAUUUUUUUGAUUCAAUUAUAAUUCCAAACUCAGUUGUUUAUGGGUUGAGUGAGAAGGAAGUUGUACAAUUCUUUUGCCGUACAAUAUUAUGUUUUCCUACAUUUACACAUUGAUACGACACUGUAAAUCCAGCACAAACAAACAAAAUGGCCACAGUCCUUAGAAAAACAACAUCAACCAAUCCCAAACCCCCAUUUUGACAUUCUGGUAAUUUCCCACUAAUCCCCAGGCAAUGAGAGUCUUCAUGAGAACUACGUCCAGGACAGUAAGAUGGGAUUCGUCAUCAAUGCUAUCUAUGCCAUGGCCCACGGCCUCCAUGACAUGCACAGUGAGCUGUGCCCUGGCCAGCCAGGCCUGUGUGAGGCCAUGGACCCCAUUGACGGCAGCAAGCUGCUGGAGUACCUGCUCAAGACCACCUUCAGAGGGGUGUCAGGGGAGGAUGUGUACUUCGACGAGAACGGGGACACUCCUGGCAGGUGAGGAGGGAGAUGGGGAUGGAUGGGAGGGGGGGGGGGGGGACCAGAUUCAAUGUAUCCAUGUGCUGCAGCAGUCAUUUCUACUUACAGUAUUUGCAGUCAGUUCUCUCAGUGUCACAAAUCAAAUCAAAAUCAAAUCAAAUCAGUCCCUGACAGACAGGUGAAAAACAGCCCCAGUCACAACCCUGUAUUUCAGCCAGAUGUCAGGGCUAGUACUCAGACAUGGUACCAUAAUCACAAUAGAUCUGGGUUCAAAGCCCAAAGCGGAUGUUCUGUGCCCUGGUAAGUAGCUUUACCUGAAAAACGUUUAACUAUAUAGAAUGUAAGAUGUUAAAGUGAUUUUGGACAAAGGAGUCUGCUCUAAGCAAGGGACUUGUUAUAAUUAAAUCACCUGCUUCUUCUUUCCUUUUCCUUUCUCCAUUUCUCUCUGUAUCUCCAUUUCUCUCCCUUGCUCUGUUUUUCUCUUGCUCUCUCACUCUCUCUCUCAUAAUCUCGCUCUGUGCCUCUCCCCCUCUUUCACCCCCUCCAUCCAUCUCCCACCAAUCUCUUUAACGGUCUCUCACCCCUUCACCCUAUCUCCUCUCCCCCUCUCAGGUAUGACAUCAUGAACCUGCAGAGUGUGGGUGACGGUAGCUAUGACUACCAGCAGGUGGGCUCGUGGCACGAGGGCAUCCUGAACAUCGAUGACUGGAAGCUGUGGAUGAACAACAGCGACAUGGUCCGCUCCGUCUGCAGCGAGCCCUGCUCCAGGGGACAGAUCAAGGUACAGACACAACCUGGCUCUGACGCUUUUGUUUAAUUUGAUUUGAACUAAGUUAGCUCUGUAAAUUGAUCCCUAGCCUAGGAAUUGAUGUGCAGAUUCUGUCCCUGGUUGAAAAGGAAUGAUUUUAAUUGUGUAUUAACACAAUGUUGUGUAGCCUUCAGGAUCUUGAGGAAACACCUUGAGUCUCUCCAACCAGGGCCAGUAUUAUUCAGCCUGGCUAUACGCCCCCCAUAGGGUGCAUGCACACUCUCCUGUCUGCUUUACCUGGGCCUGCUAACACUUUGUUUACUGCCCUGUGCUGUGCAUCACCUUGUUUUACAUAUCACAGCUCUGAGAACAUCCACUUUAGGAACAGGAUCAUGUAAAUGCAACUGAGCUUGUCUUUUGGAAUAUCAUUUGUGUGCGACUAAGGGAAAACUGUUACAUCAUAUAGGUUUUUAUAAUAUGCACCUGAAUUGACUUAUUUGUUUUAGCUCGGGGUGGAGCAAAGGGCCUAAAAAUGCACCAUCAAAGCCAUAUUAGACGCUAAUACCUGUCUUUAUAUCUGAUUGUUUUGGGACACUGUAAAGUCCAUGGAAAAUAAGAGCACUUCCUCCCAGCUGCCCACUGCACUGAGGCUAGGAAACACAAUCACCACCGAUAAAUCUACAAUAAUCGAGAAUUUCAACAAGCAUUUUGCUACGGCUGGCCAUGCUUUCCACCUGGCUACCACUACCCCGGCCACCAGCUCUGCACCCUCCGCUGCAACUUGCCCAUGCCCCCCCCGCUUCUCCUUCACACAAAUCCAGACAGCUGAUGUUCUAAAAGAGCUGCAAAAUCUGGACCCCUACAAAUCAUCUGGGCUAGACAAUCUGGACCCUUUCUUUCUAAAACUAGCCGCCGAAAUUGUCGCAACCCCUAUUACUAGCCUGUUCAACCUCUCUUUCGUAACGUCUGAGAUCCCCAGAGAUUGGAAAGCUGCCGCGGUCAUCCCCCUCUUCAAAGGGGGUGACACUUUAGAUCCAAACUGUUACAGACCCAUAUCCAUCCUGCCCUGCCUUUCAAAAGUUUUUGAAAGCCAAGUCAACAAACAGAUCACCGACCAUUUCGAAUCCCACCGUACCUUCUCCGCUAUGCAAUCCGGUUUCCGAGCUGGUCAUGGGUGCACUUCAGCCACGCUCAAGGUCCUAAACGAUAUUAUAACCGCGAUCGAUAAUAGACAGUACUGUGCAGCCGUUUUCAUUGACCUGGCCAAGGCUUUCGACUCUGUCAACCACCGCAUUCUUAUUGGCAGACUAAAUAGCCUUGGUUUCUCAAAUGACUGCCUCGCCUGGUUCACCAACUACUUCUCAGAUAGAGUUCAAUGUGUCAAAUCGGAGGGCCUGUUGUCUGGACCUAUGGCAGUCUCUAUGGGGGUGCCACAGGGUUCAAUUCUUGGGCCGACUCUUUUCUCUGUGUAUAUCAAUGACGUCGCUCUUGCUGCUGGUGACUCUCAGAUCCACCUCUACGCAGACGACACCAUUUUGUAUACAUCUGGCCCUUCAUUGGACACUGUGUUAACAAACCUCCAAACGAGCUUCAAUUCCAUACAACACUCCUUCAGUAGCCUCCAACUGCUCUUAAACACUAGUAAAACUAAAUGCAUGCUCUUCAACCGAACGCUGCUUGCACCCGCCCACCCAACUAGAAUCACUACUCUCGACGGGUCUGACCUAGAGUAUGUGGACAACUACAAAUAUCUAGGUGUCUGGUUAGACUGUAAACUCUCCUUCCAGACUCACAUUAAGAAUCUCCAAUCCAAAGUUAAAUCUAGAAUCGGUUUCCUAUUUCGCAACAAAGCCUCCUUCACUCAUGCUGCCAAACAUGCCCUCGUAAAACUGACUAUCCUACCGAUCCUUGACUUCGGCGAUGUCAUUUACAAAAUAGCCUCCAACACUCUACUCAGCAAAUUGGAUGUAGUCUAUCACAGUGCCAUCCGUUUUGUCUCCAAAGCCCCAUAUAAUACCCACCACUGUGACCUGUACGCUCUUGUUGGCUGGUCCUCACUACAUAUUCGUCGCCAAACCCACUGGCUCCAGGCCAUCUAUAAAUCACUGCUAGGCAAAUCCCCGCCUUAUCUUAGCUCAUUGGUCACCAUAGCAACACCCACCCGUAGUCUGCGCUCCAGCGGGUAUAUCUCACUGGUCAUCCCCAAAGCCAACACCUCCUUUGGCCGCAAUUCCUUCCAGUUCUCUGCUGCCAAUGACUGGAACAAAUUGCAAAAAUCUCUGAAGCUGGAGACACUUAUCUCCCUCACUAACUUUAAGCAUCAGUUGUCAGAGCACCUUACCGAUCACUGCACCUGUACACAGCCCAUCUGAAAUUAGCCCGCCCAACUACCUCAUCCCUAUAUUGUUAUUUAUUUUGCUCAUUUGUACCCCAGUAUCUCUAUUUGCACAUCAUCUCUUGCACAUCUAUCAUUCCAGUGUUAAUACUAAUUGUAAUUAUUUUGCACUAUAGCCUAUUUUAUUGCCUUACCUCCAUAACUUGCUAAAUUUGCACACACUGUAUAUUAUAUGUAUUUCUGUUGUAUUUUUGACUUUGUUUUGUUUUAACCCCAUAUGUAACUCUGUGUUGUUGUUUUUAUCGCACUGCUUUGCUUUAUCUUGGCCAGGUCGCAGUUGUAAAUGAGAACUUGUUCUCAACUGGUUUACCUGGUUAAAUAAAGGUGAAAUAAAAUAAAAUAAAAAUAAAAAUUGGAGUUGGUACUGUGUGGGUGUGGGGGUUGUGGUUUGUUGUGGUUUGGGUAUUGUUAUUGUUUUGACUGUAAGCUUGUGACUUCUGGAGUUGACCCCUGACCUCUGUGUGAUCAGGUUAUCAGGAAGGGCGAGGUGAGCUGCUGCUGGAUCUGCACUACCUGUAAGGACAAUGAGAUCGUCCGGGAUGAGUUCACCUGUCAGGCCUGUGACCUGGGCUGGUGGCCCGAUGACGAGCUGGAAGGUAACUAACUAACAGGAAACAAUCUAUCUACAGUGGCUUGCGAAAGUAUUCAACCCCCCUUGGCAUUUUUCCUAUUUUGUUGCCUUACAACCUGGAAUUAAAAUUGAUUUUUUGGGGGUUGGUAUCAUUUGAUUUACACAACAUGCCUAACACUUUGAAGAUAAAAUAAAAUAAAAUUGUGAAACAAACAAGAAAUAAGACAAAUAAACAGGAAACUUGAGCGUGCAUAACUAUUCACCACCUCAAAGUCAAUACUUUGUAGAGCCACCUUUUGCAGCAAUUACAGCUGCAAGUCUCUUGGGGUAUGUCUCUAUAAGCUUGGCACAUCUAGCCACUGGGAUUUUUGCCCAUUCUUCAAGGCAAUACUGCUCCAGCUCCUUCAAGUUGGAUGGGUUCUGCUGGUGUACAGCAAUCUUUAAAUCAUUCCACAGAUUCUCAAUUGGAUUGAGGUCUGGGCUUUGACUAGGCCAUUCCAAGACAUUUAAAUGUUUCCCCUUAAACCACUAGAGUGUUGCUUUAGCAGUAUGCUUAGGGUCAUUGUCCUGCUGGAAGGUGAACCCCCGUCCCAGUCUCAAAUCUCUGGAAGACUGAAACAGGUUUCCCUCAGGAAUUUCCCUGUAUAAUAUUUAGCGCCAUCCAUCAUUCCUUCAAUUCUGACCAGUUUCCCAGUCCCUGCAGAUGAAACACAUCCCCACAGCAUGAUGCUGCCACCACCAUGCUUCACUGUGGGGAUGGUGUUCUAGGGGUGAUGAGAGGUGUUGGGUUUGCGCCAGACAUAGCAUUUUCCUUGAUGGCCAAAAAGCUUAAUUUCAUUCUCAUCUGACCAGAGUACCUUCUUCCAUAUGUUUGGGGAGUCUCCCACAUGCCUUUUGUCGAACACCAAACAUGUUUGCUUAUUUUUUUCUUUAAGCAAUGGCUUUUUUCUGCCCACUCUUCCGUAAAGCCCAGCUCUGUGGAGUAUUCAGCUUAAAGUGGUCCUAUGGACAGAUACUCCAAUCUCCGCUGUGGAGCUUUGCAGCUCCUUCAGGGUUAUCUUUGGUCUCUUUGUUGCCUCUCUUAUUAAUGCCCUCCUUGCCUGGUCUGUGAGUUUUGGUGGGCGGCCCUCUCUUUGCAGGUUUGUUGUGGUGCCAUAUUCUUUCCAUUUUUAAAUAAUGGAUUUAAUGGUGCUCCGUGGGAUGUUCAAAGUUUAGGAUAUUUUUUAUAACCCAACCCUGAUCUGUACUUCUCCACAACUUUGUCCCUGACCUGUUUGGAGAGCACCUUGGUCUUCAUGGUGCCGCUUGCUUGGUGGUGCCCCUUGCUUAGUGGUGUUACAGACUCUGGGGCCUUUCAGAACAGGUGUAUAUAUACUGAGAUCAUGUGACAGAUCAUGUGACACUUAGAUUGCACACAGGUGGACUUUAUUUAACUAAUUAUGUGACUUCUGAAGGUAAUUGGUUGCACCAGAUCUUAUUUAGGGGCUUCAUAGCAAAGGGUGUGAAUAGAUAUGCACGCACCACUUUUCCAUUAUUUAUUUUUUAGAAAUGUUUUAAACAAGUUAUUUCUUUCAUUUCACUUCACCAAUUUGGACUAUUUUGUGUAUGUCCAUUACAUGAAAUUGAAAUAAAAAUCCAUUUAAAUUACAAGUUGUAAUGCAACAAAAUAGGAAAAACGCCAAGGGGGAUGAAUACUUUUGCAAGACACUGUAUAUGCCAUGAAGACUGACUACUGCCUCUACCUGGCUGUAGCUCCCCCAGCUCGUACCCCUUUUAACCCUACCAUCUUCUCUAACCUGCAUGUCUGCCCCCCUGCCCUCAUGUCCUCCAACACUCACCUCACUAGUCUCCCAAUCCACCAUCACACACUGACAGUUAUCUCCCAAGUUUUUUUCUAAAUCCCAGUCCCCAACUCCCUGCAACCUGCACACUGCUUUGUUCUCCCUGUGAAGGGACUGCAAAUAUCUGUCUAUUCUUCCCCAUUCCUUGCUAAUGUACUGAUUUCUAUAGCCCUUUAUUCUAUCUGUGUCACUCUAUCACCAAAAGACAUGACUCUCUCCGCCAUAUACUAUUUUUUCCCCCUAUAUUCAUUUAGCAGCAGUGCCCCGCCGCUGCUAAAUCGUUGCCGCCACUCCAAAAAGUAUGAUAGAUACAUAAAAAAAUAUGUCUAUGAUAUUUCUGCCAAGAUCCACUUUUAAAGGGAUAGUGCCAGAUUUGAGCAAUUCAUCCCUUGUUCUACUUACCCAGAGUCAAAUGAACUCAUGGAUACCAUUUUUAUGUCUCUGCGUGCAGUUUGAAAUAAGUUGCUAACUAGCAUUAGCGCAAUGACUGAAUGUCUAUGGGACAGCUAGCAUGCUAGCUGGUACCAUAGACAUCCAGGCAUUGUGCUAACGCUAGUUAGCAAUGGCUCACGAAACUACCUUCAACUUCAUUCAAACUGCACAAAGAGACAUACAAAUGGUAUCCAUGAGUUCAUUUGACUCUGGGUAAAUAGAAAAAAGGCUUAAUUGCCAAAAUCUCGCACUAACCCUUUUAAGAUCAGUGACGUUUCAACAUAUAUCUGUAGCAAAAUAGAGUGAGCAGUGGCUCAAAUGAUAGCCAGAAGCACACAACAGUGCAGUUCAGUUAUAUUUCAGAUGGUUUUCUGCAUUUUUGAGUAUAAUUUUCUUUUUUAAAGUCACCAAAACGGACCUUCUUACAGUCGUUCUACAAAAAAUGUCCCCUCCCCACCGCUACCUUUGCCACAGCUGCUGAAAAAAAUCCUAGGGGAAACACUGACUAUGCCUUCCCCAACUGUUCUCUCCUUUCAUCUCACCUCCCUCUCUCAUCUGCUUUCUUUCAGUCUCUCUGUCUAACCUUCCCCCUCUCGGUGCCUCCCCCCCUCUCUCCUUCUCAACUCAUCUCUCUCUCUCCACUGUCUUCCCGUUUUCUCAUUGUUGCCAUGACCAGUGUUCCCUCAAAUUUUGGGGGGCACUGAGCAAAAUGUAGGUCUCGUAAGCAGAAACUUGAACAUUGUGAGACAUUUUUGCAACUUCCGGCUAGCGUUUACAGUGAACACUGAGGCUGUACCCUUACAGUUUUAGACAGUAGGCUAUUGUGGGUAUUUGAGCAUAAUGUAGGCCUACCAACAAAACCAAUGGAGCAAAUGCCAUAACAUGCACAUGGAAAUAGCUUUUGAUUUCUAUGAUAUAGCCUACAGUAGCCUAUAUGUGGUGUUCAAUGCAGGCCUACAUUGCAUGAGUCUUUAAAAAUAAUUUUUACAUUAUAAAGGGCUUGACAUUAAUUCAUGAUUUUAUGUACUUGGUCUGCAACACCAUGGGCCACAUAGGUGACUGUAAAUUGCAUUGUAUUGUGUUGUAUCGCACAAGAAACCACUUUACAAAAUAAAAUGCAUUAUUAUUACCAUACAGAGAAUUAGACAAUGUAGGCUACCCCUCUGCCUAUGGGCUUAUUUGCAUAUUCAAGACUGUCUCUAAAUACAACACUGCCCCUUUAAUUAAGACAAGCUUUUUAUUUAUUUUUUUAUUUUUGGUCAUUUAGCAGACGCUCUUAUCCAGAGCGACUUACAGGAGCAAUUAGGGUUAAGUGCCUUGCUCAAGGGCACAUCGACAGAUUUUUCACCUAGUCGGCUCGGGGAUUAGAACCAGCGACCUUUCGGUUACUGGCACAACGCUCUUAACCACUAAGCUACCUGCCGCCCCAUGACUGGCUUUUUAAAGACAGCUUGAAAUGUAGCCUACACAUUUUGUGCUCUUGUAGGAAGCAGUAACUCCCCAUUGCUGACCUAUACUUAUCUAUAACUGGGCUAAUAACUCUCUAACUAGCAAAUAAUAUCAACAAAUGUGAACACGUGCCGCACCACUCUGAUCUGAACUGAUCUGAAACGUGCUUUCACACGCGGGUGACCGCUCAUGGGCUACCCCCGCAAAUAUAAUUAUACUCCGUUGCGCUCUGGCUCUACCUACAACACAAUCACAGACUCAAUCUUGCAAAGUUAGAUUUGUUUUGUUUUGGGACUGAUAUAAUGUUGAUUCGAUAACAGAAAAAAACGUUGAUCCAUAUAGUGCAAACUAAUGGGACGAAGUUCAUUCUCUUGCGUCUCUGCGCAGCAUGGCAUUUAUUCUGCGCCGCAGUCCGGCAGUUUAGCGGGAACAUUGGUCAUGACCCAGGUGUUGUUUUGACAGCGAUUCGAACCGAGCUGAAGGGAGCUCUCCUUCCUUCUCCCUGUCAGGUGGAAAAUAUAAUUAGCUCAUUGAGAGGCCUCUGAUAGAUUUCCAACAGUUUGUUGUCAGAGAUUAAAUUCCCCUCUUUCCUAUGAUUCAUUAUGCAUGUCUGGGAAUAUCAUAAUCAGAUCCAAGUGGAAAGGUGGCUUUUUUUAAUCACUUGUCAUUUUGGUUCCCAUAACUCUGUCAUUCCUGGUUACUGGGGAAACCAGUUUUGCACCAGUGUGCCUAGAAGGGAAGGUGUUGUGGCUUGAGGAGUGAGGAGAGAGUGAGUCUGUUAUACAUCAUGUUUGAAUUAUUCAGAGGUCUACUUAGAGCUCUGACAGGAUUGUGUAGGGAAGAGGAAUAAGGGAUUUGAAGCUUUGUGAGAGAGAGGAUAAAGAUAAGUGCAUUUCAUCUUUGCCACCCUUGUCCAUUGGCAGUGUGUGAGCCUGAUGCCUUGAUAAACUAAGCUUGGUGGCCAAGGGGAUAGAGAUAACUUCACUCAGCAGUGAAGCUUCCACAUGGACACAUUUCUCAGGAUCUAAUUUUAGUACAGUUAAGAUAUUAUUCAUACAAGCACAUGGGAUAAACCAAGCACAACUUCAAUCUCUUGCUUUUCGAUUGGGGAAGCAUACCUUAUAUCCAGAUGAGAUUUUGCGUUAAGUUAGCUAACUAGUAAUUUUAUACAUACUUGUGAUUUGGUUUAUGAGGACUAAAUGAUACUGGUUGUGAUGGCAUAUACGUAGGCAGGCAUUGCCUGUGGUGGCGCUGACUGUAAUGCUAUUAGUUAGGAGUGCUGUGUAAUUCAGGGGUUUUAAGAUGACUCUGGGGAUGUCACUUUUCUCUCAUUAAGCCCUUGCGAGUCUAAGUGUGUGUCAGAUGACAAAUCACCACCAAUGCAACAUGAUGGACAGCCACACACCAAGACACAGACACACACAGACACACACAGUCACACUUUACACUGCAGCAUAAGCAUGAGAGGAAAAUCUGACAGAUUUGGAGCGUGUGUGUGUGUGUGUGUGUGUGUGUUGUGUGUGUGUGUUCUUGAGUAAUUUAAGGCCAUCUUUGAAGGGCUAUGAUCUUCCCUAUAUACCUCUUGACUUCCCCCAUUUCUAAAUCUGUUCACUAGUCAUCUGCCUUCAUCUACUCCCCCUCUCUUCAGUAUACCCAUGUUCCCCUCUUCUCCAUUUACAGUCCUUCCUAUUACUUUUCCAAAAUUUACAUGCUUCAAUAAUUAUAUAGGCAACAAUAGCAUCUCUCCUUUCCUCUGUCCUCUGCAGGUUGUGUGCCCCUGCCUCUGAAGUACCUUGACUGGUCAGAUGUGGAGUCCAUUGUGGCAGUGUGUUUGUCCUGCGUGGGCAUCCUGGUCACCCUCUGGGUCACCUUAAUCUUCAUGCUGUACCGCGACACACCCGUGGUCAAGUCGUCCAGCCGUGAGCUGUGUUACAUCAUCCUGGUGGGUGUCUUACUGGGAUACAUCUGCCCCUUCACCCUGAUUGCCUAUCCCACCGUGACCUCCUGCUACCUGCAGCGCCUCCUAGUGGGUCUCUCGGCUGCCAUGUGCUACUCCGCCCUGGUCACCAAAACCAACCGCAUCGCCCGCAUCCUGGCCGGCAGCAAGAAGAAGAUUUGCACCAAGAAGCCCCACUUCAUGUCGGCCUGGGCCCAAGUAGUCAUCUCCUUCUUCCUCAUCAGCUUGCAGCUCAUCUUGGAGAUAACCCUGAUCAUCCUGGAGCCGCCCAUGCCCAUCAAGUACUACCCCAGCAUCCGCGAGGUCUACCUCAUCUGCAACACCAGCACGGUGGGCAUGGUGGCGCCGCUGGGCUACAAUGGCCUGCUCAUUAUGAGCUGCACCUACUACGCCUUCAAGACGCGCAACGUUCCGGCCAACUUCAACGAGGCAAAGUACAUCGCCUUCACCAUGUACACCACCUGUAUCAUCUGGUUGGCCUUCGUGCCCAUCUACUUCGGCUCCAACUACAAGAUCAUCACCACAUCCUUCUCAGUGAGCCUGAGUGUCACCGUGGCGCUGGGGUGCAUGUUCUCGCCCAAGAUGUACAUCAUCAUCGCCAAGCCGGAGAGGAACGUGAGGAGCGCAUUCACCACGUCCGAUGUAGUCAGGAUGCAUGUGGGAGACGGCAAGGCGGCUCAGCAGAGCAAGAGCAUUCUCAACAUGUUCCGUAGGAAGAAAAACGGAAACGGAAGCACCAAGUGAGUAACCUUCAGUGAUGUUCAGAAAUCAGGGUCUAGAGAUGAGGGCAUAUAGAAGGAUAGAAUAGGGCCUGCACACUCGUUUGGAUCCUAAAGUUGUCUUGUAACUACAAUAAACAUAUGUUUUGGAGAAUUAGAAUUUGUAUGCCCUAUUCUGUCAUUCUACUGUUUUUUCUGCCCACAUUUGAUGAAUUAUGAGGUGUGCUUGACUAUACACUUCCUUGGUAGAUAAUCCAAAAUAAAAUGUGAUAGAUAUUCAGCAAAGACACAAAGUAAGGAUUGAGACGGGGGAUGAGAGAAUGUUGUCUUUGAGUGUUGUCUCUCACCCUUGCUCUAAUAUGUCCCACUUAACCUCUUCCAAUGGACAGAGGUUGACUCUGACAGGAUCAUGUUUAGACACAGGACUUGGCAAACUCCUGUCCUUGAAGUCUGCAGUGUCUUUGGAAAAUAAUGUCUCAGUGGUUAGUAGGAGGAGGGUCUACUAAUCUUUCUUCAUAGCUCCAGACUGGUUGGUGAUUACAAGGUAUGCAUGACAGCCAGUAGACUCUGCAGCCUUCAAGGGAAGGAGAUGUGCACACCCCUGGUUUAGGUGAUUUUAGUUUAGCCUGAAUUGUCCUCACAUUUAUCCCAGUUCGAAGCAUGAAAGCCUCUUUGUCUCCCUCACUAAUCACAUAAGAGAGACAAACCUAACCUAUCCUGCUAUGCACAGCACUAUAACAUUGUGUUAUUACCUUGUGUCAGAGAGUACAGGCACCAGAACAUUUUCACAAGUGCAUGUUGCCCAUCUCAGCUUGAUAAGCACUUACUGUAGAUAGGCAGGUCUACAUUUGGUGGAUGGCUCAAAGUACUUUGAAUUCAGCCAUCUACGGUUCAUAAUGCUGUUCAAACAGCACAUUAUGAAAUUAUGAAUCACUAAGUAUUUACAGUGCAUUGGGAAAGUAUUCAGACCCCUUGACUUUUUCCACAUUUUGUUACAUUACAGCCUUAUCAUAAAAUUGAUUGAUGAGUAAAAAAUGGUAUUCAAUCUACACACAAUACCCCAUAAUGACAAAGCGAAAACAGGUUUUAGAAAACAGAAAUACCUUAUUUAUAUAAGUAUUAAGACCCUUUGCUAUGGUGCAUCCUGUUUCCAUUGAUCAUCCUUGAGAUGUUUCUACAUCUUGAUUGGAGUCCACCUGUGGUAAAUUUAAUUGAUUGGACUUUAUUUGGAAAGGCACACACCUGUCUAUAUAAGGUCCCACAGUUGACAGUGCAUGUCAGAGCAAAAAUGUCUGCAGCAUUGAAAGUCCCCAAGAACACAGUGGCCUCCAUCAUUCUUAAAUGGAAGAAGUUUGGAACCACCAAGACUCUUCCUAGAGCUGGCUGCCCGGCCAAAUUGAGCAAUCGGAGGAGAAGGGCCUUGGUCAGGGAGGUGACCAAGAACCCGAUGGUCACUCUGACAGAGCUCCAGAUUUCUCUGUGGAGAUGGGAGAAUCUUCCAGAAGGACAACCAUCUCUACAGCACUCCACCAAUCAGGCCUUUAUGGUAGAGUGGCCAGACGGAAGGCACUCCUCAGUAAAAGGCACAUGACAGCCCGCUUGGAGUUUGCCAAAAGUCGCCUAAAGGACUCAGACCAUGAGAAACAAGAUUCUCUGGUCUGAUGAAACCAAGAUUGAACUCUUUGGCCUGAAUGCCAAGCGGGCGAAGGCAAAGAUGAGCGGAGCAAAGUACAGAGAGAUCCUUGAAGAAAACCUGCUCCAGAGUGCUCAGGACCUCAGACUGGGGCGAAGGUUCACCUUCCAACAGGACAACGACCCUAAGCACACAGCCAAGAUAAUGCAGGAGUGGCUUUGGGACAAGUCUCUGAAUGUCCUUGAGUGGCCCAUCCAGAGCCCGGACUUGAACCCGAUCAAACAUCUCUGGAGAGACCUGAAAAUAACUGUACAGCGACGCUCCCCAUCCAACCUUACAGAGCUUGAGAGGAUCUGCAGAGAAGAAUGGGAGAAACUCCCCAAAUACAGGUGUGCCAAGCUUGUAGCGGCAUACCCAAGAAGACUUGAGGCUGUAAUCGCUGCCAAAGGUGCUUUAACAAAGUACUGAGUAAAGAGUCUGAAUACUUAUGUAAAUGUAAGUCGCUCUGGAUAAGAGCGUCUGCUAAAUGACUAAAAUGUAAAUGUAAUAUUUCAGUUCUUCAUUUUUUAUAUAAAUUUGCUAAAAUUUCUAAAAAACUGUUUUUGCUUUGUCAUUAUGGGGUAUUGUGUGUAGUGGAUUCAUGAGGGGGGGAAAAACAAUUUAAUCCAUUUUAGAAUAUGGCUGUAACGUAACAAAAUGUGGAAAAAGUCAAGGGGUCUUAAUACUUUCCGAAUGCACUGUAGUUACUGUAAGUGCCCAGAUUAGUCAAUGCAAUGCCACUUAGAGCUAACGAAUGAAGCACAUCACUGCUGCCUGUUAAUAAUGUUGUUAAAAUGUCUUAAGCGUAUUUUAACAUGCGUAUAGAAAUGUUGAAAUGCUGCUGUUCUGUUCUAUUGUGCUAUGUGUUGUUGUUGUUCACUAACCCUUCCCCCGGGUUGUCUCUGUUAGUAACGGCAGUCUUCAUCUCGUUCAUAGUUCUAAUGGCAAGUCUGUGUCAUGGUCUGAACCAGGUGCAAGACACCCUCAGAGGGGGGGGAAUGUGUGGCACAGACUGUCUGUGCAUGUGAGGAAACAGGAAGCCGGCUCGAAUCAGACGGCGGUCAUCAGGCCCCUAACUAACGCCCCCGUCGACCCCCACAGCUGUGACCCACACCACCAACACCACAGUCCUGGCACAGACUCCCACCUACCCCACCCCGGCACCAAGGCUCUGUACAACCUGGCGGAGGAGGAGGACGAAGGGGGGGAAGCACGCCCUCUCUGGACUCCCCCCCACUCCCACUCUGGAACGCUCCACGGGAAGGACUCGGAGGAGCCACCCUCUUAUUCUCACUUAACGCACUGUACCACCGAGCGCUUGCAGGGGGUGAUGGUGGACACGCACAGCUCCAAUAUCCUUGGAUUUAACGACACAAUGGGUGCCUCCGGCAUCCAGGCCAGCUCCACCAACCAACCCCUAGGCUUCACCUUCUCUCAGCUUUCCUGUCCUCUGCAAGGUGGGGCUUCUUUUGGAGAGGAUGACCUCAUCUCGCCCCUGGAGGGGGCUGAGGGGGAGGCAUUGGACCUCCUACACAGCUACACAGAGGAGGAUGAUGAGGAGGAGGGAGAAGAGGAGCUGGCUCAGAGUAAGCUGACCCUGGAGGACUCCUUGGCUCUGUCUCCCCCCUCCCCCUUCAGGGACUCAGUGUAUUCUGCCGGGUCGGUUCCCGGCUCCCCCAUCUCUGAGUUGGUCCUCUGCAGCCCCCCGAGCUCUGCCUACUCCUCCGUCAUCCUCCAGGAUUUCAGACGGAGCUCCUCGACACUGUGA